UGGCACCAGGCUGAGCCUGGCGGCUCCGGCCGCAAUCCCGGCGCGGACUACAAGUACCACGAGCUCCCGUCUGGGUACUCAGGUCCCACAAUACCUCACGCCGCCUGGUGUCUCCGCGUCGGUCGCGAUUUAAAUCCAGACAGUGAGGAAAAUGGCGGUGCGGGGCUGAGUGUGGGGGAGAUGGAGAUGUAGCUGAGCUUUGGCUGAUUUCCCAGGUAUUCCUACUGGCUUCUGCUCUAGCGAACACUGUGCUCGGAUGUGACUUAAAAUGAAUUCUGAUUCUGAAGGUCCUCUGAAAAAUAUGCAGUGCUUGAAUGUUUGCUAAGGACUACUGCUGAUGCAAGGUCAAGAUGAGUGAAUUAGGAGAAAACUCCUUAGAUAGUUUGACUAAUGAGUCAAGGAAGCGCAAGCCAUUGCCCUGUGAUACACAAGGUGCAAGUCUGGUCUGCAGUGGUGAGAAGCGUCGACGUGAGCAGGAAAGCAAAUACAUUGAAGAGCUGGCUGAGCUGAUAUCUGCUAAUCUGAGUGACAUCGACAAUUUCAAUGUCAAACCAGACAAAUGUGCUAUCUUAAAAGAAACUGUGAGACAGAUUCGACAAAUAAAAGAGCAAGGAAAAGCAGUUUCUAAUGAUGAUGAUGUUCAGAAAGCUGAUGUAUCAUCCACGGGUCAAGGAGUUAUUGACAAGGAUUCAUUGGGACCUCUUUUAUUACAGGCAUUGGACGGCUUCCUCUUUGUUGUAAAUCGAGAUGGGAACAUAGUAUUUGUAUCAGAAAAUGUCACACAGUAUCUGCAGUAUAAACAAGAAGAUUUGGUUAAUACAAGUAUGUAUGGUAUCUUGCAUGAAGAGGACCGGAAGGACUUUCUUAAAAACUUACCUAAAUCUUCAGUUAAUGGAGUUUCUUGGAGUAAUGAAGCACCAAGACAGAAGAGCCAUACAUUCAAUUGUCGGAUGAUGGUGAAAAGCUCUCAUGACCUCUUUGAAGAUGUAGGUGGCUACCAGGAUAUUCAUCAAAGAUAUGAAACUAUGCAGUGCUUCGCUUUAUCGCAGCCAAGAGCUAUGAUGGAAGAGGGGGAAGAUUUGCAAUCCUGUAUGAUUUGUGUGGCGCGUCGUAUCACAACUGCAGAAAGGGUAUUUCCAGGAAAUCCAGAGAGCUUUAUUACAAGACAUGAUCUUUCAGGGAAACUUGUCAACAUUGAUACAAACUCAUUACGAUCUUCCAUGAGACCUGGCUUCGAAGAUAUAAUUCGUCGCUGUAUUCAGAGGUUCUUAUGCCACAAUGACGGGCAGUCAUGGUCAAAUAAACGCCACUAUCAUGAAGCUUAUACACAAGGUCAUGCUGAAACCCCAUUAUAUAGAUUUUCUUUAGCGGAUGGUACAAUAGUGACAGCACAAACAAAGAGUAAGCUGUUUCGAAAUCCUGUAACUAAUGACCGCCAUGGAUUUGUCUCUACCCACUUCCUUCAAAGAGAACAAAAUGGAUAUCGGCCAAAUCCUAAUUCUGUUGGGCAAAACAUCAGAACAACUGUGACUGGAAACACAAAUUCUGUUAAUGGUCUUAUGAACAUGUCACCUGGUCAAGCCAUGCCAAUGCAGAACAGAAACUAUGGGAUGGGAGAUCCCAAUGCAGUGGGUCAGCUCACCAGCACUCGAUUUGGAAGCUCUGGGAAUAUGGGGCCAGUGAACUCUGGAACUGGCAUGCAGUCCUCUGCUUAUCAGAGUAACAGUUUUGGGUUAAAUAUAAGUAGCCCACCACAUGGCAGUCCUGGCUUAACUUCCAGCCAACAGAAUCUAAUGGUAUCUCCUAGGAAUCGAGGGAGUCCAAAAAUGAGUUCACACCCGUAUUCUCCAGUUACAGGUAUGCACUCGCCUAUGGGAUCUGCCAGCAACACUAGCAACAACACUUUUUCUAGCAGUUCUCUAAGUGCUCUGCAAGCCAUUAGUGAGGGUGUUGGAAAUUCCCUUUUAUCAACACUUUCUUCUCCGGGUCCAAAAUUGGAUAAUUCCCCAAACAUUAGCGUAACUCAGCAAAUUAAAACAAGUACCCAGGACUCCAAAAGCCCUUCUGGUUUGUAUUGUGAACAAAACCAAGUGGAAAGUUCCAUCUGCCAGUCAAACAGCAGAGAUCUCUUCAGUGAAAAAGAUAGUAAAGAGGGAAAUCUGGAGGCAUCUGAAAGUCAGAGAGGACCAUCUGAGAGCAAAGGGCAUAAAAAACUCCUUCAGCUACUUACGUGCUCCUCAGAUGAAAGAGGACAUUCUACAGCAUCAAACUCACCUUUAGAAUCAAAUUGUAAAGAAUCUUCUACCACUGUUGCCAGUCCUUCAGGAGUUUCCUCAUCAACAUCUGCAGGGGUAUCUUCCUCCUCAAACACGCAUGGGUCACUCCUGCAAGAGAAGCACAGGAUUUUACAUAAAUUGUUGCAGAAUGGUAAUUCUCCAGCAGAGGUGGCCAAGAUCACAGCUGAAGCUACUGGUAAAGACACAUAUCAUGAUGCUAGUAACACAACCUCUUGUGGAGAAGACACUGUCAAACAGGAACAACUAAGUCCAAAGAAGAAAGAAAACAAUGCUUUACUAAGAUAUCUACUAGAUAAAGAUGAUAUUAAGGAACCGCUUUCCAAAGAGCUGAAGCCUAAAGUAGAAGGUGUGGAUAAUAAGAUGGGACAAUGCACAAGUUCUGCAAUUCCCACUUCAAGUCAAGAAAAAGAGAUGAAAAUAAAAAUGGAGCCAGCAGAGGAGAUGAAUGGAAACUUGGAUAAUUUGGAUGCAAUUCUAGGUGAUCUUACUAGUUCAGAGUUUUACAAUAAUGCUAUCUCUGCAAAUGGAAAUAACCCUGGAACAAAGCAAGCAUUAUUUCAAGGAAAUGCCCUGUUGGGUGUGAAGAGUCCCCAGUCUGUGCAGACUACUCGCCCACCUUUUAACAGAGCCAUGUCUUUAGACAGCCCGAUGGGCUCAGGUGCUUCAGUGAGGAAUGUCAAUGCAUUCUCCAUGUUACAAAAGCAAAACUUGAUGGGUGGAAGUCCAAGAAUGAUUGAAAACCAAGAAAAUUUUGGAGCAAAUCUGGCAUGUGCUCCCCACAGAAAUGUGGCGAUGAAUCAGCAUCAGCCAGGAGACUGGGGUUUGCCAAACUCCAAAGUGAACGGAUUGGAAUCUGCAAGUUCUGCUGCAAUGUUGAGACCAGGAGCUGAAUUUAGUACAACCCUUCCGAGGCCCCCAGAGGCUGGCUCUGUGUCUGGGCUGCCUGUUCGCUCUAACAGCAUACCUGGUAAUAGGCCAAUGCUGCAACAGCAAAUGAUUCACAUGAGGCCAAAUGAGAUAAACAUUGACAUGGGAGGUAAUCCCUAUGGACAGCCUGGACCUUCUAAUCAACCUGGAUUGUGGCCUGACAAUAUGAUGUCCAUGGAGCAAGCGUCACGGGGUUCACAAAACAGACUACUAGUUAGAAGCUCUUUGGAUGAUCUCUUAUGUUCGGCACCAAAUAUGGAAGGCCAGAAUGAUGAAAGGGCACUUCUAGAUCAGCUGCACACACUAUUGAGUAAUACAGAUGUCACAAGUCUGGAAGAAAUUGACAGAGCAUUAGGAAUUCCUGAUCUUGUAAGCCAAGGACAAGCUUUGGAACCCAAACAAGAUUCAUUUCAAGGUCAGGAAUCUUCAGUUAUGAUUGACCAGAAGCCUUUGUUAUAUGGUCAACCCUAUCAAGGGCAAGGGGCAGCCAUGCCAGGAAGUUUUAGUAACAUCCAGGGACAACAGCCGUCUUUUAAUUCAUUGAUGAAUCAGAUGAGCCAACCGAGCAAUUUUCCUCUGCAAAGUAUCCAUCCCCGAGCAAAUGUGAUGAGACCUAGGACCAACACACCAAAGCAGCUACGCAUGCAGCUCCAGCAGAGACUCCAGGGACAGCAGUUUAUGAAUCAGACCCGUCAAAGUCUUGAAAUAAAAAUGGAAAAUCCAGUCAGUGGUACUAACUCAGUGAUGAGACCAGUUAUGCAGCCACAGGUGGGAUCCCAGCAGCAAGGUUUUCUUAAUGCUCAAAUGGUGGCUCAGCGUAACAGGGAACUAAUAAGUCACCAUUUUAGACAACAGAGGAUGGCAAUGAUGAUGCAGCAGCAACAUCAACCUCAGGCCUUCAGUCCACCACCAAAUGUGACAGCCUCAGGAAGCAUGGAUAGUGCUUUGACAGGCCCUCCAAUGGCUCAAGUUCCUUCACAGCAAUUCCCCUAUCCACCUAAUUAUGGAAUAAGCCAACAACCCGAUCCUGCAUUUAGUAGAGUAUCAAGCCCUCCCAAUCCAAUGGUGUCAUCAAGAAUUGGACCCUCCCAGAAUCCUAUGCUGCAGCAUCCUCAGUCAGCAACAAUGUACCAGUCCUCAGAGAUGAAAGGCUGGCCCUCAGGAAGCAUCCCCAGAAACAGUUCUUUUCCUCAGCAGCAGUUCAGCCAUCAAGGUAGCCCAGCAGCAUACAGUAUGAUGCACAUGAAUGGCAGCAGUGGCCAUAUUGGACAGAUGAGUGUUAAUACCAUGCCUAUGUCAGGACUGCCUCUGGGCCCAGACCAGGUCUCCUAUAAGGGAGAGGGAAACAAGUAUUUAUCUGUAUUUUCACCCCUCUGCACCCAUCAAGGAACAGCCAGGGUCUUUCCAAAGAAGUAAAAACCAAUGCACUUGAAAUAAUCUUAACUCCUAAGAAAAAACUAACCAAACUCCCAAAGCAAACACUUAUUUCUCUAGCGCCAGCUAGCAGCAGAAACUUGAAAAAUUUAAUUCAUAUGCUGUUAUCAACGUAGGCAACGAAAUUUCGCUCCAAGCUCAGAUCUGGCAGCAAGCUCAAGGAUUUAGCAGGGUUUCAAAAUCUUUUGCUGUCAUACAUAUAAAUAGCAAUCAUCCUCCUUCUUCCUUAGUGAUCCAUUUACAGAUGACAUACAUCCGUUUACAUCAAAAAUAGAGAUGUCGAGGAGAAAAAAACCCCAUACCUACCAUAAUUCUCAAACAGGACUGUAGUAAAAUUUACUGAGCUAACAACAUAUUUGCAAAGUCAGAGAACACUCAGGCAGAGGAUCUGUUAUAUACUGACUUAUCUUACAAAUUCCAUUAAAGAGCAAAGCUGCCCUGAUCUUGGAAUUAUGUUAAGAUAUUGUUUGAAGUCUACGACAGCUUUGAUGCUAGUGCAAGAUCCCUUUAGCAUUUCUGUUGGCUUCCAAGAUCAUACGCUUUUUAAAAAUACCGUUAUUAAUAACGAACACAUUUGAAGGCCCAUUACUGCUAAUGUUCGGGAAUGGAUAUAACAAAGUGACUUGCAUUGCCUAUGCUCCAAAAAUUGACUUGAUUGCAAAACAGAGCACAUCUAACUGGUACUACUCCUGUUAAUGAUGCAAUGAAAAAUUCUUAGUAAUUCCUACAAGAAGAUCACAAGGAAUGAAUUAGCAUGCUGAAAAAUCUUUGAAAUCACAGCUUUGCUCAGGCAUCUUUUGAUAUAAAGGGAUCUUCUCUUGCCUUCAGAAGUCAAAAUAACAACAUGAAAACAUAUUGAAAAUAUCAAGUACUAAUUAUUUCAUCAGAUCCAGCAAUUAAUGAGUCAGUUUUUUAUGAAUUCCGUACUUGCUCCCUGUCUUUUUCUGGACUGGUGCCAAUGAUCUUUUGUACAAGAAGGAAAAAUCAAUUUAAAAUUAUGCAAGAGAGAUUCUCUGCUUUUUGUAAAGCCCAGAAACAUCAGUGCAGAAAGAACAUAGCACAAUGUGUUUUACCCUAAGAAACAUGUUGGCUAUUCUACCCUUACAGAAAACAGUUUUUACUCCAGCAGAUUAUUUCAUAGCCACAUUAUUACUUCCUCUCUGUCAGCAAUUGCUCUUUAAGAUAAACUUUCUUAAUCAAAGUUUUCAUGCAUUAGCAAAACCACUGGUCUGAAAAAUUAUAAUCAGUUUCUAUGCUCACGUAAAUUGAAUCUUCAUAUAAGUCAACAGAUAUAUUGCUAUAUUAAUAUGGAAUAUUUAUUAAGAGUACUUUCCAAAUUUGCACACUGACAGGGUUUGGAGGAAAUGAAAAAUCCUUCCUUAACAGUCUGUCCAGUGGGUUUCACAGGUAGGGGAAGUUACCUUUUUUGCUAGAAACUAAAAAUUUAUUUACAUAUCCCCAUACUUGUUCCAAUGGGCAGGGAAGGAGCUUUCAAAUUUAACAGACGCAGCCUUAGUAUCUGCUGCUGCUAAGAAAUAUGCUAGGCCAUAGCAAAAGAAACACUGAGAAGUCAAAUCAAUUUUCAUUCCUUGUACUAAGAAUUCCAUCUGCAGCAGUAUAACUGGGAAGAAUUAUGUCAGAGUCAAUGUGUUGCUGCUGUCCAGAAUAGACAAAAGCAGCUUGAGAAAGAAACCUGUAUGUUUCAACAGGGGAGUGUAGAAAGAAAGCUUGCUUAACAGGCACAUACUCUCAGACACAAGCUUUUUGAGGGACGAGGUAGAGAAAUGUCUUCGGCUCUUCAGAAACUACCACAUAUGUACUUGUAUUAAAAAAAUAAACUAAUGCUAUAGAUGUUUUCAUCACACACAAACAUUUUUCUGAAGGUCUGAACGUUCACGUGGGUUUUCUUCAGUCUAUACUAGCCAACAGCUUCUCAAAAGAAAAGCAUUUGCUAACUUUUCUUGUAGCAUUUGAAAGGCUGCCCAUUCUUGCUAUAUCUGGUCAGAACUACCUUCACUACAGUGUUGUGCAUUUAACAGUCUUUCUUACGUUUUUCUCAUCUUUAAAACAAAUACAUGGAAGUAACCUCCUGACCUCAUUGCCUCUCUCCCCUUAGCUAGUCAUUUCCUCACACUUUAUUGCCCCUCACACACUGCAUAACUAAAAAGAGAAACUGUCCCCAGCUCAGAGAGCUGCUUAGCUAUCUAUUAAAUACUUAAGACAUUUGAGGACGCACAUAAACUGUUCUCCUGCAGCUAUUUUAUCUACACUCAUAUAUCUGUGGUUAAAAGAAUUAGAAAUCUCAGAAAAAUACUGUGAGUGGAAGAGAGAAUUUAAUGUCAGAUACAACAGGCAUCUUCUACCAAACCUGUUACAUCACUCCCCCACAAUAAAUAUUUUUCAACUAUU